AUGCAGCCCAAUGAAAUCAUAGCCUUGGGUGACAACGCCAGUGCCAUAAAAUCACACUGUCACAAGGUGGUAUUCAUUCGCCAUGGGGAAAGUGAAUUCAAUCAAGAGAAUAGAUUCAUCGGUUGGUUGGACUCUGACCUCUCAUCCAGGGGCGAAUGUGAAGCCCGACAAGCAGGUCAAAUGAUCAAACAACGAUCUCUGUACUUUGAUAUUGCCUACACGAGUGUUCUUAAGAGGGCGAUAAAGACUUGUCACAUUGUCCUAGAAGAGUUGGAUCUCUUGUGGAUUCCUGUUUUAAAGUGUUGGCGUUUGAACGACCGCAUGCAUGGUGCUUUGCAAGGUCUGACGCAAAAUGAAACUACCAAUAGGUAUGGGCAAUGUCAGCUGCAACUGUGGACGAAGUCAUACGACAUUCCACCCCCCGCUCUACUUUCAACGGAUCCACUGUUGCCAGAAUUCGAUCCUCGUUAUGCCCUUCUGGAUCACAAUAUACUACCCAAAACGGAGUGCCUUAAAGACACAGUGAAACGAGUCCUGCCCUAUUGGCAUGACGAAAUUGUCCCUGCAAUAAAGAAGGGGAAACGAGUUCUUAUAGUGGCCCAUGCAAACAGUAUUCGAGCACUGAUCAAGCAUAUAGAUUACAUCCCAGAUGGAAAAGUCAUGGACAUAGAAAUUCCUUCUGUUGCGCCAAUCAUCGGUUUUCGUAGUACAAUGGAGAAGCCAUCUGAGCAAUCAUCUUAUCAGCUUGUGCUUAUACGCAACGGAGAGAGCGAGUUUUCAAAAAAUAACCUUUUCUGUGGAUGGACAGAUUCUGAUAUUUCCUACAGAGGCGAAUGCCAAUCCGAGGAUGCUGGCAAACUUCUGGUGAAGAGAGGAGUUGAAUUCGACAUUGCAUUUACGAGUCUCCUGAGACGAGCCAUUAAAACAUGCCACAUAAUAUUAGAACAAAUGGGGCUACUUUGGAUUCCAAUACAUAAAUCAUGGAGAUUAAACGCACGCAUGUAUGGCAUCCUCCAGGGCUGCAAUAAAUCCAAAUUAGCUUUGCAGCAUGGGGAGGAUCAAGUUCGUAUUUGGAGAAGGGCGUAUAGUGGCACGCCGCCAACCCUCAGUCGGGAUGUGAAACAGCACCCUAUUUUCGAAUCAAAGUACGCCCUUCUUGAUAGAACUCUUAUCCCGGAUACUGAGUGUCUUCGUGAUGCAUAUGAGCGACUGCUGCCAUUUUGGAACGAUGAAAUUGUACCAACGAUUAAGGAAGGCAAUCGGGUUCUGGUUGUUGCGCAUGGAAGCACGCUUCGAGCCUUAAUGAAGUUUCUUGAUCACAUUUCCGACGAAAAUAUUGCUGACAUUAAUAUUCCACCGUGUUUCCCUCUGGUUUAUGAUUUUGACGAACACAUGAAACCCAUCCGACGCUACUACUUGAAGGACGACGAAAUGGUAGCAAGUGCCAUUCGAAUGGCCAUCAACGAAACGAAACUGGAUCCCCAGCCAUGCAUUUAG